AUGACCAGCACUACACCUCCUCCACCAUACGGGGAAGCCACCUCCGCCGCUCCUGACCCCACCAACGCUCCCGCCUUCGAAACCUCAGCGGCCACCUCACUCUCGGAAGAAUGCUCACUAUUCCAGGAGGAACAUGCCCAGAUUGAGAAAACCCGCUUCCAGCUCCAGGAAACCCGCCUCCAGCUCGACGAAACCCGCCUACAGAUCAACGAACAAUGCUGGCAGCUUGAGGAAACGCGCCUCGAGCUAUCAGAACAAAAAACGCAUAUCGACUCCCUCUACUCGCAUCUCGAGUCACUGCGGUCGUGCUUUCAGGAACCGGACUACGCUAAGAACGAGCGGCUUCGGGGGCUGCAUUCGCAGCUCAAGGAAGUGCAUGCGCGGAUGCACGAACUACAGCGGAAGCGGGUGGAAAGUUACGAGCUGCGUAAGGUGCUGUAUGGCCAACGCAAGUUGCCAUAUGAUCAGAGCAGGGUGAAGUACGAGCAACGAAAUAUCCAAUUAGAGCAGCGCAGGAUGAAAUAUGACCAACGCAACGAGAAUGCUCCUAUUGAUUGA